CUUUGACCCCGUAAAGUCACUGCCCGGAGCUAAGAUGGCAGCGUCGGUGGCAGCUGCAGCCCGGCGGCUGCGGCGGGCCAUUCGAAGGUCGUCCGCAUGGCGGGGCCCCAGCCAUCGGCCGCUCUCAUCGGAGCCCCCUGCAGCCAAGGCCUCGGCCGUGAGGGCCGCCUUUCUGAACUUCUUUCGGGACCGCCAUGGCCACCGGCUGGUGCCCUCCGCCUCCGUGCGGCCCCGCGGCGACCCCAGUUUGCUUUUUGUCAACGCGGGCAUGAACCAGUUCAAGCCAAUCUUUCUGGGCACCGUGGAUCCACGAAGCGAAAUGGCAGGCUUCCGACGUGUGGCCAACAGCCAGAAAUGUGUGAGAGCUGGAGGACGCCAUAACGACCUGGAAGAUGUGGGUCGAGACCUUUCCCAUCAUACCUUCUUUGAAAUGCUUGGCAAUUGGGCCUUUGGGGGUGAAUAUUUUAAGGAGGAGGCAUGUAGCAUGGCCUGGGAACUGCUGACUCAGGUCUAUGGGAUCCCUACGGAAAGGCUCUGGGUCUCCUACUUUGAUGGUGACCCUAAGGCAGGGUUGGAGCCAGACCUGGAGACCAGGGACAUUUGGCUGAGCUUAGGGGUGCCUGCUACUCGUGUGCUUUCCUUUGGACCACAAGAGAACUUCUGGGAGAUGGGGAAUACCGGCCCUUGUGGACCCUGUACCGAGAUCCACUAUGACCUUGCUGGUGGGGUGGGAGCCCCCCAGCUGGUAGAACUUUGGAACCUGGUCUUCAUGCAACACAACAGAGAGGCAGAUGGAAGCCUGCAGCCCUUGCCCCAGUGGCAUGUGGACACAGGAAUGGGCCUGGAAAGGCUGGUGGCUGUGCUGCAAGGCAAACACUCCACCUAUGACACUGACCUCUUUUCCCCGCUGCUCCACGCCAUACAGCAGGGCUGCAGGGCACCCCCUUACUUGGGCCGGGUAGGGGUGGCAGACGAGGGGCGCACAGACACAGCGUACCGCGUGGUGGCUGACCACAUCCGCACACUCAGUGUCUGCAUCUCUGAUGGCGUCUUCCCUGGGAUGUCAGGUCCCCCGCUGGUUCUUCGUCGGAUCCUCCGUCGAGCUGUGCGUUUCUCCAUGGAGAUCUUAAAGGCACCACCUGGCUUCCUAGGCAGCCUGGUGCCUGUAGUGGUGGAGACAUUGCCUGAAUGUGACCCCUCUCCUGAGGCUACCCAGUAUGGAGGGGGUAUUUGUGUUUGGCAUCUGGUGGCUUCUGCGUGGUUAGAAGGGCCCUGGACCUUAUUUUUCUCCCCUUCUUUGUCUAAUCCCUCCCCUUGUCAACACUCUUUGUCUCCCUUUCUUAAAGCUGAAGUGGCCUGGUCCUUGUCACUGUCUGGAGACCUGGGGCUCCCCUUGGACAUGGUAGAGCUGAUGCUGGAGGAGAAAGGGGUCCAGCUGGACUCCACUGGACUGGAGCGGUUGGCCCAGGAGGCGGCCCAGCACCAGGCACGGCAGGCUGAGCCAGUUCAGAAGCAGGGAUUGUGGCUUGAUGUCCAUGCACUGGGGGAGCUGCAGCGCCAAGGAGUGCCCCCAACUGACAGCAGCCCCAAGUACAACUACUCCCUGCAACCCAACGGAAGUUAUGAGUUCGGCACCUGUGAGGCCCAGGUGUUGCAACUGUAUACAGAGGACGGGACAGCAGUGGCCUCUGUGGGGAAAGGCCAGCGUUGUGGCCUCCUCUUGGACAGGACCAACUUCUACGCAGAACAGGGGGGCCAGGCUUCAGACCGUGGCUACCUGGUGCGGGUAGGGCAAGAGGACGUGCUGUUCCCAGUAGCCCGGGCCCAGGUCUGUGGGGGUUUCAUCCUGCAUGAGGCAGUAGCCCCUGAGUGCCUACAGAUCGGGGACCAGGUACAGCUGCAUGUGGAUAAGGCCUGGCGUCUAGCCUGCAUGGCGAAGCACACGGCCACCCACCUGCUGAACUGGGCACUGCGGCAGACCCUGGGCCCUGGCACAGAGCAGCAGGGCUCCCAUCUCAAUCCUGAGCAGCUGCGCUUGGAUGUGACCACCCAGACCACAUUGACCCCAGAGCAGCUCCGGGCAGUGGAGAACACUGUGCAGGAGGCCGUGCAGCAGGAUAAGCCUGUGUACAUGGAGGAGGUGCCCCUGGCACUCACUGCCCAGGUCCCUGGCCUGCGCUGUCUGGAUGAAGUUUACCCAGACCCUGUACGGGUGGUGUCAGUGGGGGUACCCGUGGCCCAUGCAUUGGACCCAGCCUCCCAAGCCGCACUGCAGACCUCUGUGGAGCUAUGCUGUGGGACGCACCUGUUACGUACAGGGGCUGUAGGGGACCUGGUUAUCAUCGGGGACCGCCAGCUUUCCAAGGGCACUACCCGCCUGCUGGCCAUCACUGGGGAGCAGGCCCAGCAGGCCCGAGAGCUAGGCCAGAACCUGGCCCAGGAAGUGAAAGCAGCCACUGAGCGACUGAGUCAGGGGAGCCGGGAUGUGGCAGAAGCACUGAGGCUGUCCAAGGACAUAGGACGACUCAUUGAAGCUGUGGACACUUCUGUGAUGCCCCAGUGGCAGCGGCGGGAGCUGCUGGCCACACUGAAGAUGCUGCAGCGGCGUGCCAACACUGCCAUCCGUAAGCUGCAGAUGGGGCAGGCUGCAAAGAAAACUCAGGAGCUGCUGGAGCGGCACUCGAAGGGGCCUCUGAUUGUGGACACAGUCUCUGCUGAGUCUCUCUCAGUGCUGGUGAAGGUGGUGCGGCAGCUAUGUGAGCAGGCCCCCAGCACAUCUGUGCUCCUACUCAGCCCCCAGUCCAUGGGGAAGGUGCUGUGUGCCUGUCAGGUGGCCCAGGGUGCCAUGCCCACUUUCACAGCAGAGGCCUGGGCACUGGCAGUGUGCAGCCACAUGGGGGGCAAGGCCUGGGGCUCGCGAGUGGUGGCCCAAGGCACCGGAAGCACUACUGACCUGGAAGCUGCCCUCAGUACAGCCCGAGCCUAUGCCCUCAGCCAGCUCUGACCCUGGCCCACCCGGGGACCCACAUGGACUAAAGGCAAUGCCAGGAGCCCUGAAGGAGCCAGCAGAACCUUCCCACUGGCUGAAGCGAGGACUAGAGGCUGGAGGCCAAGCAACUGAGCCAAAGAGGAUCACCUGGGCCAGGCCCUACCUGACACAAGGAGACAUGGUCUAGGGAAGGCAGAAGUGGGCCCAAAGACACACACCCCCUUGGUGAAUGAGAAGACAUGGGCAAUUAUGGCUGUGACUGCACAUUAGAAAUUAUUUCACUGGCCGGGUAUGGUGGUUCACGCCUAUAAUCCCAGCACUUUGGGAGGCCGAGGCAGGAUCAUGAGGUCAAGAGAUCAAAACCAUCCUGGCUAACACGGUGAAACCCCAUCUCUGCUAAAAAUUCAAAAAAUUAGUCAGGCGUGUGGGUCAGGCGUGGUGGCACACGCCUGUAGUCCCAGCUACUCGGGAGGCUGAAGCAGAAGAAUUGCUUGAACCUGGGAGGCGGAGGUUGCAGUGGGCUGAGAUCGCACCACUGCACUCCAACCUGGGUGACAGAACGAGACUCUGUCUCAAAUAAGUAAAUAAUUUCAGAGGACAGGAAGCUGCAGAGGUUCUGUUACUUUAAAAAAGAGUAGUUUUGCCCCUCCCAGCAACCUGGUAGGGGUGCCUUAACACCAGUCUGAACUCACACUGUCUGAAAGGCCACCCAGGAUCCAAAUCAGGCCAUCUUCAUUGCCAUGAGUGGUCAGACAGGCUCUGCGUGCCAGGCAACAGUGGGCACUGACAAAGGGCUCCUUGGCUACUGGGACAACACGGAACCAUCCUGUGAAAAUCAUUUCAGCAGUGGAGACCUUUGCUAUCACUUCUUUCAUUAGCAAUGACCUCUAAAUUAAAUUAGGCCCUGCUGGUUUGUCGAUGAAUUGAGCAACUGAGAACGUGGCGGGCACCAAACAUGAUUCCUUCCUUCAUGGAGCCUGCUUCUUGUGGAGGAAACAGGCAGUAAAGCAAAAGAAGAGGGUCAGGCUUGGUGGCUCAUGCCUAUAAUCCUGGCAUUUUACGAGGCUGAGGUUGGAGGAUUGCUUGAGGCCAGAAGUGCAAGACCAGCCUGCGCAAACACAGCAAGACCCUGU